UCGUUUUUCCACCCCCUGCCCUUUCUAUAUUAUUCUUUUUGGGUAUCAUUCGUUGCCAAGCCGCCAAAGUGGAGAGUGUGGUCGCAGAGGGGGGUGCUUCUCGUUUCAGCGAGUUCCUGGGGAAAACCCCAGGGCCUAGCGUUCAGAGAUGGGUUCCUUCACGAAGCACUAGACGAGAGGUUAGCUCCUCCAACGAAAAAGAACGACACGAUGCAAUCUUCAGAAAAGUGAGAGGCAUACUUAAUAAACUGACCCCUGAGAAGUUUGACAAGCUAUGCCUUGAGCUUCUGAAUGUGGGUGUGGAUUCAAAGCUCAUCCUCAAAGGAGUCAUCUUGCUGAUUGUAGACAAAGCCCUCGAAGAGCCCAAGUAUAGCUCGCUAUAUGCUCAGCUAUGUCUGCGUUUGGCAGAGGAUGCACCAAACUUUGACAGCCAAUCACCUGAGAUCCAAUCAUCACAAAAGCAGAGCACUACAUUCAGGAGACUUCUAAUAUCAAAGCUUCAAGAUGAAUUUGAGAACCGUGCCAGAAAUGUUGAAAUCUACGAAAAGACCGAUGGCCCUCUUACUUCUGAAGAGGAGGAGCAGCGCGCCAUCGCAAAGAUCAAAAUGCUGGGCAACAUCAAAUUCAUUGGGGAGCUUGGCAAGCUCGAUCUCAUUCACGAGUCUAUCCUUCAUAAGUGCAUCAAAACACUUCUGGAAAAGAAGAAAAGAAUCCAACUUAAAGAUAUGGGGGAAGAUUUGGAGUGCCUCUGUCAGAUAAUGAGAACUGUGGGUCCUAGACUUGAUCAUGAGAAAGCCAAGUCUCUAAUGGAUCAGUAUUUUGGCCGCAUGCGAUCCUUAAUGAACACCAAGGACUUGCCUGCGAGGAUUCGUUUCCUGCUGCAGGAUACUGUGGAGUUGCGAGAGAACAAGUGGGUGCCUCGGAAAGCUUUUAUUGAUAAUGGACCUAAGACGAUCAACCAGAUCCGCCAGGAUGCUGUGAAGGAUUUGGGGGUGUUUAUUCCAGCGAUGAACUCAGGAAUGAGGACUGACUUCUUUCAAGAAAACCCCUUCUUGCCAACGAGGAUGAGCAGAGAGACCCUUGGGAGUUUAGCUGAUAUGUUCGGACAAAUGCCAGGUAGUGGGAUUGGAACUGGGCCCGGGGUUAUUCAAGACAGGUAUUCCCCCACCAUGGGCCGUCAUCGUGUGAACCCACUGUUCAAUGGUCAUGGCGGACACAUAGCUCCUGCUUCCCAGUCUCAGUUUGACAAGCCUUUCAUGAAACCGAACCAGGGGCAGAACCUGCUUUUCCAGAACCAGGCUCAACAGCAAGCUCAGUCUAAGGAUAUGCCACCACGUUUCAGCAAGAAAGGACAGUUAAAUGCUGAUGAGAUCAGCCUGAGACCUGCUCAGUCAUUUCUUCUGAACAAAUCCCAAGUGCCAAAGCUGCAGCCGCAGAUACCCACCAUGAUUCCUCCCAGCGCUCAGCCUCCUCGUACAUCCACACCUCCACUUGGACAGCCUCCACAGCUUGGCCUGAAAACCAAUCCACCUCCCAUUCAGGAGAAGCCUCAGAAGAUAAGCAAGAAGCCACCGCCUGCCAAAGAGGAGCUGCUCAAGAUGACUGAGACCGUUGUUAACGACUAUCUGAACAGCAAGAACAUUGGCGAUGCUGUGAACGGGGUGCGAGAGAUGAGGGCUCCAAACUACUUCCUGCCAGAGAUGUUAAGCAAGAUCAUUAUCUGCUCGCUGGACAGUCCGGAUGAAGACAAAGAGCAUCUCAGCAGUCUAAUCCACGCACUCCGUACAGAGGGACUGAUCACCGGGGAGAGUUUCAUGCAGGCGUUCCUUAAUGUUUUGGACCAGUGUCCUAAGCUUGAGGAUGACAUUCCCCUGGUGAAGUCCUAUCUGGCGCAGUUUGCUGCCCGUGCGGUCAUUGCUGAGCUGAUGAGCAUCGUGGACCUGGCCCACCCUCUGGAGAACGGCACACACUUCCCUCUGUUCCUGCUCUGCCUCCAGCAGACCGCUAAACUGAAGGAUAAGGAGUGGCUGACUGAUCUGUUCCAGCAGAGCAAGGUCAACAUGCAGAAGAUGCUGCCAGAAAUCGACCAAAACAAAGACCGCAUGCUGGAGAUUCUAGAGGGGAAGGGCCUGAGCUUCUUGUUUCCUCUCAUGAAACUGGAGAAGGAGCUUCUGAAGCAGAUCAAAGCAGACCCGUCUCCACAGUCCAUCUACAAAUGGAUCAAGGACAACAUCUCGCCCAAGCUUCACACCGACAAGGGUUUCGUCAACAUUCUGAUGACCAGCUUUUUGCAGUACAUUUCACACGAGGUGUAUACCCCCGAGACAGAGGAGCAGUUAUCAGCACCUUCAAAAGAACAGCUCGACCAGGAGAAGCAGCUGCUCCUCGCCUUCAAACCGGUGAUGCAAAAGUUCCUGCAUGAUCACGUGGACCUGCAAGUCAGCGCCCUGUACGCCCUGCAGGUGCACUGCAACGCCAAGGCUUUCCCCAAAGGAAUGUUACUGCGCUACUUUGUCAACUUCUAUGAUAUGGAGAUCAUUGAAGAAGAAGCCUUCCUUGCAUGGAAAGAAGAUAUUACCCAAGAGUUUCCUGGCAAAGGAAAAGCAUUGUUCCAGGUGAAUCAGUGGCUUACCUGGCUGGAGACGGCCGAGGAGGAGGAGUCUGAGGAGGAGGCUGACUAAGAAACCAGCCAAAGCCUUAAAGGUGCAAAGAUGUAAUUGUACUGCUUUUCUUCUUAACCCAUUGUAUUGUCAACCUCUCCCUUCUACCCCUCCCUGUCCCUUGUUCUUUUUUUUUUUCUUUUUAUUGCUUUGUUUUUCUUUUGUUGUAUAACCCUUUGCUUCAGUGACCUCCAUUGGCGAAUGUCAGUCAGUGUGCAGUACUGUUUUGCCCCCUCCCCUUAUUACAUUUAUUUCCUUUUUUUUUUCUCUCUUCUUUUUCUUUGAACCACCCAUAAAUGGUAUUAGCAGCCUGAAUCUGCUUGUUUUGCUUUUAAAAAGAACAUGUAUUUGCAAGACUCUCUCUCUGUCUCUCUCUCCUGCUGCUGUUCACUAUUACACAACUGUAGAAACGCACUUUGUGCUAUGUGUCAUGAGUUGUUGCAAUAUGCUUCCAUGAUUGUUACAAAAUCCAUAACUCUGUAAUCAUCAAACCAUGCGUUUUAAUAGUAGUCGGUUUGUUUCUACCUCUGUAAUGUAAUGGGGUUUAGUAGGCUGGGUUGAAUUAAGUCCCUCCUCCUUCAAAUGGGCGGGGAUAAACUCUCCAAACCUGUGAUACAAAGAGAAACACGGUUUAUUUUUUUCCCCCUCCCCCCCCCCCCCCCUCACCCUGUUUUUGGAUGAAUGGAAAGCCAUGUGGGAGAAAUGGUUAUACAGCUUUUUUUUUUUUCUCCUUUUUUUUAAAUCGACCCAUGUUUGUUCCCCUCCAUUACUUGUCCAGCUUUUUGAUACUUGAAAUUUUUCUUUACAGCAUGUUCAGGGAUUACCAAACAUGGCCUGUUGAGACGAUGAGACAACUUUUGAUCGAAACAGCAAUCUGUAAACAUGACUUUUUAAAUUAAAACAAAAAAAAAAAACUUUUAAUUGGUGAAAUAAUAAUAAUAAUAAAGUUAACGAAGUAAGUAUUGAACAUUCUACGUAUGAACCUAACAAUCUGUUUGCCAUUAAUAUCUAAUGGAUAUUUAUUGAACCUUUUAUCAUGAAAGAAAAUCAAUGCUUUAUCUCUAGGUAGAACAAUAAAACUUGAUGCACUUGUGGCAUACAUCUGUACAAUGACUUACUUGCUAUUUAAAAGUGUUACUGUAACAUGUAAGAGCUCCGAAUGUUCAGUGUACCACUAUUGCUUAACUUUCAAUAAAGUUACACACACACACCA